AUGCCCAAACAACACGUCAUCUUCGGGCGGCCAGUCCCGCACAUCCCUCCUCGCAGAAUCGCAUUCUUACUCGCGUGCCUGGGUAUUUUCGCCGUCGGCUCCCUGCUAUUUACCCUGCCUAGUACCAUCGAGACGGGCCCCAACCUUUCCAAGUUCACCGACCUCAGGCCGUCGAUACCCAAGAAAAUCACCGGCGCCGUGUCAUCAUGGAAGAACCGCUUGAACCCCUUUAAGCCACCGUCGCACCCCCCGCCUCGCCAAAACAACGACACGCUGGGAGAGUCGUCGUGGUACUCGGACUGGAAGUGGCUCUCUUCCCCCUUCUCAUCCACGGUGACCCUCGACGAGAAUAGAUCGAUUCUGCCGCCGAUGAAGGUACGGACGCCCAUAUACUGCUACUACGAUACAGUCCUGGCGGAGAAGAAGGACAGGGCGAGGAGGGAAGCCGAGAGCGCGCUACUGCUCAGCUGGAGGAGGGCGUGGUGGGCUCAAGGCUUCAAGCCUAUCAUCCUCAGCAUCGCUGAGGCUAUCAACAACCCCAAGUACGCCGAGGUGCAGGGAUUGAAGCUGGAGCCAGAACUCAAGACGGAUUUGAUGAAAUGGCUGGCCUGGGAGAACAUGGGCGGCGGAGUGCUGUCCCACUACCUUGUAUUCCCAAUGGCUGCGCGUGAGGAUCACUUGCUGGCGUACCUGCGUCGGGGAGAGUUUCCCGCCCUGACACGGUGGAAGGGUAUGGACGACGGCCUUUUCGUGGGUCCCAAGAGCCAGGUCGCAGCCGCCAUAAAACAGGUCAUAGCAAACCCGAAACUUGAAGGCUUGAAGGACUUCAUCACUGCCGUGUCCAACACGGCGUCAAAGGAUCAAAAGGACCUCUUCACCAUCGAUGACCUUCCCAAAUCUAUUGCAUUCUACGACGAAAAGGGAAUCAGCACCACCUAUGGAAGGAUUGGCGAAGUCACCGAGGCCAACCACGCCGAAUGGCUGUUGAAGCUUGAUGCGCUCAUCAAUGCUCACCUGCAGACUGCGUGGCAAAACGUCUUUCACGACGGCAUUGCCGUGGUCAAGCCGUACCCGGAGUACACUACGGCCAUGGUGGAUCCUGCCGUCAAGCUUGCGGCCCGUCUGUCAACAUGCCUGGACAGCCCCAUGCCGGCCUCAUGCCCACCCAACUGGCCCAAGUGCCGCCCUUGCAAGCCUGGCUCGGUCAAGACGACGACGCCAUCCCAGUACGCCAACACGACGGCUCUCUACAGCAUCGGCACCGUCCCGCAUCCGUACACGCUGCAGACGAUGAUCAGCCGCAAGGAACGGCUGGAUAUCCCCUGGCUCGUGCGGCACUCGAAGCGUGACGCCUGGCUGGAAGCAGUGAUGCAGGGACUGGUCGAUAGGAAGGUCUCGGCCGGUGCGCGUGUGAUGCGCUUCAAAGAGGCAGUUGCGGGCGAUUAUGCAGCGUCGCGCAGCCUGUGGGUUCCUGCCGAGAGGGAAGUACCUGACGACUUGGCGUGGCGGUUCGGGUUCGCCCUUCCCCCGGCCGCCGGCGAUGAUGCCCAAAAGGCAAAACCCAUACCCAAGCCCAAGGCCGAGCCCAAGGCUGAACCCAAGACGGGGACCGAAAAGGGUGGCAAGAAACAUGCCCGUGAUAUGGUCCCCGACCGGACUCUCGACGACGAGCGGCUGAUAGAAGAGGAACUCAACCGUGACCUCAACGCCGGCACCGAGGGCACCCCUGCGGCGCAGUUGCGGGAAGACAAGCUUCUGCAGAAGGCCAAGGAGAUCAGGUUCAGCAACGACCCCUCAGACGUGAAGGUUCGCGGGGCGGCCGAGGCUUGGAACUUGGCCGACACGGAGGCGUGGCGGUUCGCGCGUGCGUUCCUGGCCCGUUCGCGGGUGGAGCGGAUGAAGUGGGAGGAGGAGGAAAGGCAGUACGCCGGCGGCGCCGGGGCUGAGAAGACUAGACAAGACAGCAAAGGCAUCGGGAGGUGGCUGAGAAAUUAG